UUCUUCGACUUCGCCUCGAGAGUUCGAGAUCAUACACUUUUCUUUCGGAUUUACUUUUCAAACAGUUUUUCGUACCCUUUUCUAAAAGUUUUCCUCGAUUCUCUAUUGCCUCCAAUAUUUAUCUUUUUCUCCUGAAGAAAAAGGAAGCCGGAAAACCUAAUAUUUUUAUUUGUGUUUGUGAGAUGUUAUCUACUUGAAAUCCGUUUAAUUACAUACUACAAUAUAAUCUAAAUACAAUGCCUCGAGUCAAAAUUGAUUAUAUAGUUAGCUUCAGCAGUGAAGAUCCAGAACACCCUGCCAGCAAUCUACUGGUGUGGGAGGUUGGCAAGCGUCGCUGGUUGUGCCCUGCCGGUGAGUCCAGUUGCUCUGUGGUUCUCCAGCUGAGCCAUGCUGUGCAGAUAUCAGCUAUCCAUAUUGGUACUUAUCAUGCUGCUGUGGUUGAGGUGUUAAUAGGUCGCUCUGAAGCACCUGAUGCAUAUGAAGUACUAGUCCCCAGCAGCAUAUUUCUGUCUCCAUUGGAGUCCCGUAAAGAGCCUCAGGACAAAGUGCGGUCGUUCAGCGGAGAGCAGCUCUCGAGCACACAACGCGGAGACCGCGUGCGCGUCGUGUGUCGCCAGCCUUACAACAAACAGUGCAAGUAUGGCCUAUCCUUCAUCCACAUCUUCGAGCCUGAGAAUUGUUCAUCAUCAGCCCCUCCCCCCAAAGUGGUGGCUUCGCCCGUCCCAAUACAAGCCUCCCGCGCGAUAGCAGCUAGCACCAAUUUCGGUAACAGCUCAUCUGAUGAGGAGGACUACCGCCCGGGACAGCUGUUUGCAGCCGCCAAGAAUUCAGCUGGAACCAACUCUGAUACUGGAAGCCAAAUACGAAAAGCAACGUCACAAAUACUAAAAAAUAUAUCUGAUACAUCAACGAAAAUAGUGAAAUCUCCCAUUGUUAAAAACACUAGCUCUUCAUCAAAACAAAAUAGCACUGAACCCAGCUCGAACAGACAUCGAAACAGCUUAAUGUAUACUGAUGAUGAAGAGCAACCUCAUAGCAAGAUUGACUCAGUGGUACAAAAGCGCAAUGACGAGAAAGCCAAAGAAAAAGAUGCUAGGGAAGCUAAAGAUAAACAACUCAAAGACAAGAAAGAAAAAGAGAAUACCAAGCAAUUAGAAAGAGAUGAUAACAAAGGUAACAGGCGUGACGAAAGAGCAAGGAAAGAUAAUAGAGCUUCAUCUAGUGAUCUUAAUACAAGUCAACACAGAGCGAAAAAGAAUACUCACAAUGCCAGUAAUAGGGAUGACAAAUAUGAUUCUUCAAAGAGAAAUGAUAAUAAUUUAGGGCAUAGAAAUAAAGACAAUGCAAAUCGUGACGAUAAAUCUAAAAAUAAUCAAGAUAGACAUAAAAAUACCCAUAAUGAUAGCUCAGUCAGACCUGGAACAAGUAAUGACAAUGAUUCGAGAAAUAGAGAUAAGACAACAUUUAAUAGGCAUAGAGACAAUCGCGAUCAAGAUAGGAAGGCUGUAAAGCGAGCUAGAAGUGAUGAUAAUGGCCUUCGAGCGGGGCCUAUAAGCUCGACGCCUCACACACUGCUGUCCAACUGUGCGCUAGUACUGAGUGGGUACAUUCACCCGCAGAGAGGACGCAUCCGGGCUGCGGCCGCGGCGCUGGGGGCCACUGUACUUCCCGACUGGGGACCGCGGGCCACACAUCUCAUUUGCGCGUUCCCCAACACACCCAAGCUGCGCCAAGCACUCGCCAGCGACCCGACGACGCCGGCGGCGACGGGCGAGUGGGUGGAGAAGUGCUGCGAGCUGCGGCGGCGGCUGCCGUGGCAGUGGUUCGCGGCGGAGCCCGCCCGACGUCUGCCCGCGCCCGACCUCAGCGCUUUGUCUGCUGGUGAUGACACGACGCCGCGUGAUGAAGAUGGCGACACCGACGACGAAAUCGAGAAAGUUCUCCGCGAACAAAAGAAGCGACGAAGAAGCGACACUCCCGAGACUCAUGUUGACAAUACCAAUAAUACUAAAUCGCAAGAUGAUUCCACUGGUGAUGUUGAAUUCGUAAGGGACGAGCGGAUAAAAGGAAGAUUGACUGUACAUGACAGUGACAGUGAUGGCGAUAGGACUGUUGAUGUGAGUGAUGACGAUGAGAGGAAAGAAGCCACUCAGACAAAAACGGAGUCAGACGCUGACGUAACGGACCCAAGACCGCCAAAUUCGUCUCCUCAGCAAAAACACUCCGCCCUGCCGAACUUCUUCGACGGAUAUACCUUCAACAUAGCGCCGGACGUCGAAACAGCUGGGCUGGACGUCAAUCUGCUCAAGAGAUAUGUACGGGCAUAUGGCGGCGUUCUUGUUGAGGAAUGGACGCCGGAAGACGGUCCCGUGGACUACGUGUUGUGUGGCGGCGCGUCAGCCGCGAGCCGCGGCCGCUGCGUGCGCGCGGACUGGCUGUGGGCGUGUCACGCUGAGCGCAGGGUCGCUGACACUGACAGAUACCUCAUACGAUCCGCUGAUUCAUAAUAUUGAAGACUACAUUAAAACAAUCUGGACUUGUGUUUAUGUGAAUAUUACAUCUGAUCAGUUAUUGUGUCAACCAGAAGAAAAGCUGUUGAAAGUUAAUUGUUAUUAAAAUGAGUAUCAUCUAUAUCAUAUUAUCA